GUAGGGUCGUGGAAGGCAACUAGAUAUAACAUGGAUACUAUUGUACUAUACCAUUCUUCGUGAUGGCGUGUCGUGGUCGCCUAGAAGCCGUUGAUGAGCUCCUUCGCUUUCACUCGGUUGAAAUGGUUACCAAAGGAUUAACAGAGCCCGCACGGACUGGCCUUGGGCGCUUUCACUUCUUUCCCUUAGGGCGGCCGCGCCGAGUGGUAAAGAGCGCGCAGUUCCAAGCUUACACUCGACCGUGACGCAGACACCACAACUCCGAAAAUGGCGUCGCCGCACAACAGAGCCGUUCAAGCUGACAUGGUUGUGAGCAGAAAACCAGAGACGGGCCUCCUCACCGGAGAGGUCAUGGCUCUCGUGAACGAAGGGCGCGUGAUCGGGUUCCAGACGGCGUUCGAGACGGGUCUGAGAACGGCCGGCGGGGCCAUCGAUCAGACGGAGCGCAUGCGCGAAAUCGAGAAAACGUUCUCGCGCUCUGAUGGGGGAAACCUCUCGCAUCCACGAGAAUGGGGCUCUCUCGGCGACCUCACCAACGACGCCGUCGCCCUCUGGGUACGCAGGCUCGUCGAGCGCAGCCGCGCCGCGAAGAAACAUCUUGACACGGCGCUCACGCGCCUAGAGCGCACAAACCAGGUCCUCGCCACACGCCCUACGCCGUCCAUCCGUGAUGGUGUCGGUGACCUCCUCGCCAGCUACCAAACCGCGAAAGCAGCCGGCGACGCGCUCUUCAAGCCGCAAGCCGCGGUCCAGGCGGCAGUCAAAGCGCUCCGUCUGUUCGUCGCAGACCUCAUCAAGUCCUUGCCUAAAGAGAACCCAGCAAGGCACAGAGUCAAGCAGCUCUUCAACGAGGUGAUCGGGUACGCUGCGGAGGCGGAGGAUCGGACUCGAGCCGAGAUGGACAUGUGGGGUGCGGACUAUAUGAAGAGGGCGGAGAGAGGCGACGAGAAGAAGGCAGCGGCGCAGUGGAUCGAGUGCGUGAAGAUGAGAGCCGAGGCUUUGGCGCAUGAGGCAGAGUUGCUGAGUGCUUGGGCGGUGGAAUGUGUGAAGACCGGAAAUGGCAGCCCUCGGUCGAAGUAGGGGAGAUGGCUCGGAUCUCGGAGAUCGGAUGACACCUAGGUCUAGUAUGUACCUAAGCUGAGACUCCUCAAACCUCAGCCUGGAAUGUACUUCGUGUCUCUCACGACCUUACUUAUCCACGCUGAUACACUCGCACAUCGCUGACUUUCUUUGCCGGUGCGCAUGGACGACCUCAUAGACGCG